CGUCCGGACGAUGACCGGCCCGACCCGGAACAAACUUCGGGUUCGGGCCGACGGGCCACGUGGCGGAGCUCGGCCCGGGCCGUCCUUACUGCGAUCUCCCAAAAGCAGCAGAAAUCGACCAAUUUGGGGGUUUAGGGUUCUUCGUGCAUCGAAGCUCUCUCUCUCUCUCUCUACACCUCAAGAUCGGAUCUUGAUCUCCUCGAGGUCGACCCUCGCGAGUCCUCUCAAGUUGAAGCGAAAGCGAAAUAUGGCCACUAGACUGGAAGGUGAACCGGCAAAUGAGCAAGCAGUUGCCACUAUAUAUGGUUCCUUAAGGAAUGAACUUAACCAAAUCUACUCAAAGAUCACAGAGCUAGAGAUGGAGGUGAGUGAGCAUUCUUUGGUCAUGAGUGCUAUCCAGCCACUCGACCCUUCAAGACGGUGUUACCGAAUGAUCGGAGGUGUGCUGGUCGAGAGAACCGUCAAAGAGGUUCUGCCUGCUGUUCAGCGCAACAAAGAGGGACUUGAGGAGGUAAUCACAAGGUUGAAUGAGGCCCUCGAAAAGAAGAAGAAGGAAAUUGCUGAUCUCGAGGCCAAAUACAAGAUCAGGAUACGGAAGUCCGAUGGUGAGGUGAAGGAUGAUGGCGGCCGGAAGGAAGGUUCUUCUCAAGGUGUACUUGUGGGCCCUGCUAGUUGAAAAGCAGGAUAAUGUCUUACCUUUUUCAAUCAUGUUGUUUAGAAUUGCAUGUGAGUUAUACUUCCUCCCUUUAUACAAGCUUGAACUUUUUCGUUUC